UCUCCUCUCAGUAGACCGUAACUCCUGUCCUGUCUUUGGGACACCAGGAGGGUAGAUGGUUAUAGAUUAUUCUGCUAUUGAAGCUGAUUUGGAGAGUUACAGAACCAAUAGGAGUUUGACUUCGUCUUCUUCUUUUUCUUCUUCAUCGGUGUGGCUGGAAUAUUGUGACAAUGCCCUCCGUCAAGAAGGCUCUGCAUUUUCUUGGUAGCGCGCUGGCUACUGCGUGGUCCGUGGGGAUUUUAGGAUAUGGGAUGUCGACAGAAUGGGCCGUUUCCAAUAUGCGUUGCUCUAAAGAUGAAAACGUUUUCAGCAAUGGCUCUGCCACUGUAACAUAUCAUCUUUUCAAUGGAGUAAUCAGCAGAGGUUCUUGUCCACAGUUUGGAGGUGAAAAACCAUUUCAAGUGUUUGAGAAGUUGUCAGAGACGGGUGGAGCGCCUCAGAUCAUCCAUGGUCUAGUGAUCACCCUGCUGGCCCUGUGUCUGCUGGGCUCUGCUGGCAGCAUCCUCAUCGCUCUGUAUAACAGCGUCAGUAACCCCUACCAGACAUACAUGGGACCCAUAGGCCUCUACACAUGCAGCUCUGGCAGUGCGUGCAUCUCCUUCCUGGUCCUCAUCCUGUACGUAGUCAACGUCCAGCUGACCAGAAUGGCUGACGACCUGGUUCAGAACGACGUGGGAGUUACCGCAGUCUACCUGAAGGACAAGACCUCGGAGUUCAAGGUGGGUUACUACCUGCUGAUCCCCUACACGGUGCUGAGUCUGCUAUCCAUCCUCCUGGUGUACCUGUACGAGCACGCUGCCUACACACACAGACGGGAGCAGCAGAGGCCCACAGAGGACGCUCCUAAGGAGAUCAUGAUGUAUUAAUGUAUAGCCGUCCGGAUAUACAGAUUCACAUGAGCCUAACUCCAGCUUCCCACAUCUCCCUAACAGACUGGCACGGACUGUGUUGAAUAGUGAAAGUGAAUGUCCUGAAAUGGGCUUCCGUGAUCUGAUCCUCUACUAUUGGAGCCAGGCUUACAACAGACCUCACAGGCUUAUAUCAUUAACUCCGAUCACCUGGUUCAUUUCUGUUUCAUUAUUACUACAUUUAACCCCUUUGCUUUCUGUUUAUAUAUUUAUGAAUAGCUGACAUUACAAUCCAAUUUAACUUAAAUAGUUAACAUGACACACUGCCUGCUUGAUAAAAUACCAUAAGGUUGAUGGAAUGUGUUUAGUUCAUAACAGAAGAAUACAGCAAAUGAUUACACUACUGUAUAUUUGUAUUUUCGAAUACCAGCAGACAAUACAUUGGCUUCUUCAAUAAAUACAUAAUAAUAUAUAUUCUCUCAAAUGUAAAUUCUAAUAAUAAACAGUGUUGAUAUUUUGUUUUCUCGUGAAGGCUUAAAAGGGGCAAUCUGCAGUUCUAACAAUAACAAACCCUUAACCCCACCACUGAUUUUGUAAACAGCUGAGGGAUGGGGCUACAGAAAUGUCACCCCUCUCAACCUCAUGGACAGAGCUUUGUAUACAAGGACUGACCAUCCAUGAUACCAAGGACUGACCAUCCAUGAUACCAAGGACUGACCAUCCAUGAUACCAAGG